AUGCGACGAGCCGAUGAGGCCCAGAACAAUGCUCAAACGUCUCAGACUGGUCAGGCUGGCCAGAACGCUGAGUGGUGGGGACCUGGUGGUGGUUAUGGAUGGGGACACCCCGGCUGGGGAUACGGUGGCGGAUGGGGACGUGGUUGGGGUGGUGGUUGGGGUGGUGGUGGCUGGCACUAG